GUGGACUUCACCAAGAUGAACAUCCUGAAAUGGCUCUUGAUUUGCAUAGUUUUUGCUGGAUACGCUACAUCAGCUCCAACAAUGUAUCCCACAUCGCUGGACCCAUGGGAUGAACAAAGGCCGUGGAAAGUAACUCAUAGACCGUGGGGAAACCCCUUCACAGUCCACUAGAAGACAAUGAAUUUCUGAAUAAAUCGUUUGUAG